CAGGCUACCUUCAAGUCUUCAACAUGAAGUCAUGAAAGGAUCCCUACAAUAAAUUAAGCUUUUGCCUAAAUGUUUUUUCUUUUAAUUCUCCAUUCUCAUAAAUUCGCAAAUCCCUGAUUCUCUACUGUUUAGUUUCUCCAUCCAUGGCUUCCAACGGCACAUCUCCAGGAGCGGAAACUGAAAACAGCUUGGAGAAAAUCAAAAGGCAGCUUACGUCGGGUUCAGGGAGGAAUCUGUUGCAAGGGCCGCUCCUUAAAAGAUCUGAAAUGAUUAAAAAAUGGAAUGAACGAUGGAUGAUCUUGGACCCGAGUACCGGAAAAAUGGAAUACAAGACUCGGAGGAAUGAGUCAGUUGUCAAGGGAAUUAUUACAUUUGAUGCAAAUAGCACAAUUACCAUCUCUCCUGUUAACUUCCAUGGACUACCAAAAUAUGAUGGUUGCUGUUUGUAUAUUGGUACCCCCCAGAGAAAAGAUUACUUCCUUUGUGCUGAAACUCCUGGUGCUGCUAGAGCUUGGGUAUCAACUCUACGUGCAACUCAAUUGGUGUUAUUUGCCCAUAAAGAAGCUGUGAAUUCCAUAAGUGGAAAUGGUUCUGCAAAAUUGGGAACGGUUGCAGCUCUUGUUGCUGCUGCCAACUCAACAGCUCAGGAAGCUGCUAAAGAAAUUGAAGCAGCUAUGCAGAUCUCCAUGAGAAAUGCUUUGGGCAUUGUGACAAAUAAACCCAUGGUGACAAAUGGACCACACGAAGGUCAAAUGGAUGAUCUGGCAAUCAUGAAGGAGACAUUGCGAGUAAAGGAUGAGGAACUACAGCAACUGGCUAGGGAUCUUCGUGCACGGGAUUCAACAAUAAAAGUUAUAGCAGAGAAAUUAUCUGAGACUGCUGAAGCGGCUGAGGCUGCAGCAUCUGCAGCUCAUACAAUGGAUGGACAUAGAAGAAUUGCUUGUGCUGAAAUUGAGCGUUUAACAAAGGAUUCAGAGAAACAGCUAGAGUCAGCCAUGUUGAAGUCGAGAGUGUCUGAAGAAAAGGUUGAAGUUCUAAGUAGGGAUAGGGAUCAACUAUUAAAGCAAAGAGACUCUGCUCUUCAGGAGGCACACCUAUGGCGUUCUGAGCUUGCAAAAGCUAGAGAACGUGUUGUGAUAUUGGAAGGGGCUGUUGUUAGAGCUGAAGAGAGGGUGAGGGUUUCAGAGGCAAAUGCUGAAGCUAAGGUAAAAGAAGCUGUAGAGAAAGAAUUGGCUGCUGUGAAGGAGAAGGAAAAGCUCCUAGCAUAUGUAAAUACACUGCAAGGACAACUACAAAGGCAGCAGAGUGAUACAAAACAUGUUUUUGAAGAGAAGACAGAGUCAUGCUCAGAUGUUGGUGACACCUUUCCAUUAACAAAGCAUGUAGACUUCUUGCAAGGGAAUGUAGACAAAGCAUGUCUCAGCGUUUCAAGAGCUAUUCCAAUUUCUGAGGAUGGCAUCGACCAAUUGUCUGUAAAUCAAGUCGAUCUCCAUUCAAUCAGAGAUGGGGAAUGGAAUGAUAUUAGGGCUACAGAGGCAAGGAUAGCUGAUGUAAGAAUAUCCCCUGAAGCAGAGGGAAGCAGCUUGGAUAUUCCUGUGGUGAGUCUUCCAGUUGGUCACCAAGAGAAUGGAGGGAAUACAUUUCACCAGCCUUGAUAUUUAUAACUUGUGUUCCUUAACAGAAGAAAACCAGCUUGAGAGUGUGGGGUUGAAGCAUUGUUAAAAGAUCAGUUUUCCUUAUAAUAUUUUUCCUU